GAUGUGGACUCGGAAUGAACAGUUUAAUUAAUAACUACCAUCCUUUUCUCUCUGACCUUAGCUGGUCACACAUGUUUUAACUGAAGUCCAGACACACAGUUUUGCGCAUCAGGACACAUUCGCAACAACAGAUGGCUGUAGGCUUAUACUGUAGUCCAAGCGUGGACGUCUGAGAAAACGCAGGAGAAGGAAGUUCAAAUAGAACAACUCAUCCAGUAGGAGAAGCAGGAAACAGACGCAACAAACUCCUGUGUGACCCCCCUUUGACUUAACAAGCUUCCUUCAUGAAUGAGUGGGUGGCCCCUGACAUGGAUGCGGUGGGACCACUACAAAUCCCAUCCACUGAUGAAUUUACCAUCUCAGAAAGCUCCCAUUUGUUUGAUAUUCUAGCAGAUCAGAGCAAUCCUCUGCUACAAGACCCUGACAUGUUAUCCUUCACCAGCUACCCAGGCAUGCAGUAUUCGAACAUGGAGUCUUCUGUGCCCACGCCAUAUUACUGCAGUCAAAACUACUAUCCCCAGUACAGUGGAGAGGAAUGGUACUCCCACACUGGGCUGUAUGAACUACGAAAAACAACACUGGAAGUUAACUAUGAUGGGGAUAGGGAAGAGGUCUCCACUGUCAUGCCGGCUGUUUGCAAGCGGGCCAGGCACAUUUCACAGAAUGGACGCAUCAAAGGGGAGGAGCUUUGUGUUGUGUGUGGAGACAAGGCUUCAGGUUAUCACUACAACGCUCUUACUUGUGAGGGCUGCAAAGGUUUUUUCAGACGGAGCAUAACAAAGAAUGCCGUGUACAAGUGCAAAAGUGGAGGAAAUUGUGAGAUGGACAUGUAUAUGCGAAGGAAAUGCCAAGAAUGUCGACUCAGGAAGUGCAAAGAGAUGGGCAUGUUGGCAGAGUGUUUACUGACAGAGAUCCAAUGCAAAUCUAAAAGGCUGCGGAAAAACACCAAGGCCUCUCCAAGGCAAUCAACUGGAGAUGAGACUGAGGGGGCCGACAGCAAACAAGUCACAUCGACCACCAAACUGUCAAGGGAAAAAAUAACAAAAGAGCAGCAAGCACUUUUGAAAGCUAUUGUAGAUGCAUACAACAGACAUCAAAUCCCGCAGGAAGUGACCAAAAAACUGCUACAAGAAGAAUACAGUGCUGAGGAAAAUUUCCUCCUCCUGACAGAAAUGGCAACAAGUCAAGUCCAAGUUCUGGUGGAGUUUACAAAAAACAUCCCAGGCUUUGUGUCCCUGGAUCACGAAGAUCAGAUUGCUCUGCUUAAAGGUUCAGCAGUCGAAGCCAUGUUUCUGCGCUCGGCUCAGGUUUUUAGCCGAAAGAUGCCCAGCGGACACACUGAAGUCUUGGAAGAGAGGAUACGUAAAAGUGGCAUUUCAAAGGAGUUCAUUACACCAAUGUUUAAUUUUUACAAAAGCAUUGGUGAACUCCAUAUGUUGCAAGAGGAGCAGGCCCUCCUCACUGCCAUAACCAUAAUGACACCAGAUCGCCCUUACGUAAAGGAUCAAGAGGCUGUAGAGAACCUGCAGGAACCCAUGCUGGAAGUGCUAAGGAAGCUGUGCGUUUUGCAACAUCCCCAAGAGCCUCAAUACUUUGCACGUCUGCUGGGCCGACUAACUGAGUUGAGAACGCUCAACCACUAUCACGCAGAAAUGCUAACGUCGUGGAGGAUGAACGAUCACAAAUUCACACCAUUACUUUGCGAGAUCUGGGAUGUGCAGUGAAAGUACCUCUUGGUGUGUAACAUGGACAUUUUCAACUUGAAAGAUCGAUAAGGUCCACAAAGUUAUCAACUGGCACACAUUAUUUCAAAUAAACUCGUGUACACAACUACUGUAUUUUUUUGUUUGAUAGUACCUGCUAACCCGCAACAAUAAAAGUUUAUU